AUGACAAAGGAUCUUGGGCAUUUCAUUUCCAAGAAGUGGGAAGAAGGGCUUUGGAAAGGUGUACAAAUUGCAGCAGGAGUGAAUCCUCUAACACACUUGCAAUUUACAAAUGAUACUAUUCUGGCAGGGGAUGCGUCAGCAAGGGAAGCUCGAGUCAUUAAGGAGACUUUGGAUGUGUAUGAAAAGACUUCUGGUCAGAAAGUAAAUUGGUUCAAAUCUGAAAUUUUCUUUUCUAACACCAAACCAUGUAAACUGAGGGAGAUUUGCAUAAUUUUGGGCAUGAAAGUGGUGUUUCUUCCAGGUAAAUAUUUAGGAAUUCCUUUUUUUGAGGGUGCAAAUAAAUUUGAUAUGUGGAAAAAUCUGAUUGACAGCUGCAUAAAUAUGAUGGAUGGGUGGAAAAGUAGAUGGCAUACUUCAGCUGGAAGAAUUUUAAUAUUAAGAUCUGUUGUGUCUGUUAUUCCAAUUUUCUCAGUGAUGUGUUUAAAGCUUCUGAAAAGGGUUAUUAAUGUAAUUCAACAAAGGAUGAAAAAAUCCAUUUGGAAUGGAGCAAAUGAUCAUGACAAAAUCCCCUUAUUGGCAUGGGAUAAAAUCUAUCAAGCGAAAAUCAAGGGCGGUGUUGGGUUGAGAGAUUGGCACAAAAUGAAUAUAGCUUUGGGGGCUAAACUAGUGUGGAGCAUAUACACUAAUCCAAACCAAAUGUGGGUCAAAGUGUUGCGAGCAAAAUAUCUGGACUAUCCAGAAGAUCAUAGAAUUUUCACAAUUCGGGACUUCUCAGUGAUAAAGGAUCACCUGGUGCAACUUUGGGGUGAUCAAGUUAAAGAUUAUAUGAGGACUGUCGAAGGGGAUUUUGGAAAGGAAUGGGUUUGGAAGGAUCUUGUGAAAACAGGCACAGAGGAUAGGGUGAUUUGGUGUGGAGCUCAGGAUGGGAACUAUUCAGUUAAAUUGGAUUAUCAAUUUCUGGAAGGUAGGGAGGAGAAUCGCUCAAGGAUCUAA